CGCCCUGGAAAUUUCCGUUUUCCUUUCGCCACGAAUAGGAUUCUGAAGAUUCUCGCGGUUUUAUCAGACGGCUGCUAUUUAACUUUCUCCUCCGGGGACGGGUUCUCUCUGCGGGAGGCGGGGCUAUGAAGCAGAGACUGCAUCGUGAUUGGUUACGGCGCUCCAGGAACGUGGCUACGGAAAGUUGGACAAUCCACUCCGGCGGUGAUUGGUUGCUGAUCGGCGCGGCGACUCGAGGGCUGUAGAGGCGGCUGCGUCGGCGUAGAGAGCCAUGGGUCAGGCAGCCAAGGUUUUACAGCUCUUUAAAACACUGCACAGGACCAGACAACAAGUGUUUAAAAAUGAUGUGAGAGCAUUAGAAGCAGCCAGAACAAAGAUAAAUGAAGAAUUCAAAAGUAAUAAAAGUGAAACAUCUCCUAAGAAAAUAGAAGAGCUAAUAAAAAUUGGUUCUGAUGUUGAAUUACUACUCAGAACAUCUGUUAUCCAAGGCAUUCACACAGAUCACAAUACACUGAAAUUGGUGGCUAGAAAAGACCUACUUGUAGAAAAUGUGCCGUACUGUGAUUCACCUACUCAGAAACAAUGAAUUUUCUGGGAUGAAAGCAAGUCUUUGUACUUUUUAAUCUUUAAAUAUAUAACUGACGGAGGUUCUGGAAAUAUUA